AUGUCAAAGACUGGACAUGCUAGAGAAGAUGCAGAAGCCUAUGCCCAAGAAUUGAACAGGAAAAGGAUCCUCCAAGCAACAGAAGAUGAAAAGGACGAAAACAACGAAAAUGGAGCUGGCAAGAUAGCAUUCGGGGCGGCGGGUCAUUAUGACACGGAUGUUUAUGGCAGUGUGCGCGGAAACCGAAGUGGUAAAUAUCUUGACUCGAUCAAUACAGCAGAUGAAGACGAUAUCGAUGAGGACACAAUUGCUCCAAUGCCUAAAAAGGGGAUUAAUGCUCCUGCAAAGUUCAUACACGAGGCUUCUCACACUGGCGCCGAUGAAAGCGAUCCUUUCGCUGAAACGCGCACCAAGACAAUCAUAGAGCGACAAGCCUCCAAAUAUGCUGAACGUGCUCGACAUCGGGCCAUAUCUCCGGACAGAAUCGAUGCAUUCAUUGACCAAACACCUGAUCAAAGAGACCGUGGAUAUGCGGAAAUUAUGAAGGAGCAAAAAUACAAGGAAGAGAAGGGAAAGGUUGAAAAAGAACUCGCAGAUCGUCAUAAGGCAGGUGAUCUACAAUCAGUUGCUGCACCUGAACGCAAGAAAGGAAGAUGGGACGAGACUCCCAAUCGUGAGGUUCUUGGUGCAGGCUCUGCCACUCCUUCAGAUGCAACUCCAGGUGGUGCUCCCCGAAAACGCCUGGGAAUAUCGAGUAUCAGUGCAGAUGCUGCUACACCACACGUGGCCAGAUGGGAGGAAACUCCAGCACACGCUAAUGCUACCGAUGCGACGCCUUCUAUGAAUAGGUUUGAUUCCACUCCAUCGACACAAACUCCAAGAAGAAAUCGUUGGGAUGAAACACCACGUGAGAGUGUUCGUGACGCUGGAGGAAUGACUCCAGGCUGGGGAAUGGAUACUCCCGCUCGUGCAGCAGAUGAUGUCAAGGUUGAAGACACACCAUCGGCCUCAAAACGUCGAUCUCGAUGGGACUUGACUCCGUCACAAACACCCGCCGUUGGAUCAGUGACUCCGCAAGCUGGUGCCGUUACGCCAUCUUUCACUCCAAGCCAUGGAAGUACACCGGCUGGAGCGUUGACACCAGGAGGAGCAACUCCGCUUGGAACUCCAGCUAUGGUCAUGAAGACACCAGCGGUGACUGUACCGAUGACGCCAGAUCAAAUGAAAAACUUUCUCUGGGAGAAGGAACUUGACGACCGGAAUCGCUCCCUCACAGACGACGAGUUGGAUGCGUUGUUCCCACCUGGAUAUAAGAUCCUCCCACCUCCAGCGGGUUACAUGCCUCUAAGAACUCCUUCACGGAAACUCAUGGCAACGCCUACCCCUCUUGGUGGUAUUGCAGCUGGUGGAUUUUUUAUGCAGGGAACGCCGGAAAGGGAAGGACUUGGCGACAGAGGUGUUGGUGGGAUUCUCGACACGCAACCGAAGAAUCAGGACCUCCCACCGUUAAAGCCUGAUGACAUGCAGUACUUCGACAAGCUGUUGAUGGACGUCGAUGAAAGCACACUAAGCAAGGAAGAGUUGAAUGAGCGCGAGAUCAUGACUCAUCUGCUAAAAAUCAAGAACGGUUUGCCACCACAGAGAAAAAGUGGAUUGAGAAAGAUUACUGAGAAUGCUAGAAGAUAUGGUGCGGGACCGCUUUUCAAUCAGAUCCUUCCUCUCUUGAUGUCUCCCUCAUUGGAAGAUCAAGAACGCCAUUUGAUGGUUAAGGUCAUCGAUCGUAUACUCUACAAGUUAGAUGACCUCGUUCGUCCAUACGUUCACAAAAUUCUUGUGGUGAUUGAGCCUCUUCUCAUUGACGAAGAUUACUAUGCAAGAGUUGAAGGUCGUGAAAUUAUAUCCAACUUGGCGAAAGCGGCUGGGUUGGCAACUAUGAUUUCCACAAUGAGACCCGAUAUCGACAACGUCGAUGAGUAUGUACGAAACACAACUGCGCGUGCUUUUGCUGUGGUUGCGUCCGCACUUGGUAUACCUGCACUGCUUCCUUUCUUGAAAGCUGUUUGUAAGAGCAGAAAGAGUUGGCAAGCAAGACACACUGGUAUAAAAAUUGUGCAACAAAUGGCUAUACUCAUGGGCUGUGCUGUACUCCCACAUCUCAAAGCUCUUGAAGGCGGACUCGAAGAUGAACAACAGAAGGUGCGUACCAUCACCGCUUUAUGUCUUGCUGCUUUGGCUGAAGCUGCUACUCCAUAUGGUAUCGAAGCCUUUGACUCCGUGCUGAAACCGUUGUGGAAGGGUAUUCGUAUGCAUCGUGGAAAAGGUUUGGCUGCAUUCUUAAAAGCAAUUGGUUAUCUCAUCCCACUCAUGGACGCUGAAUAUGCUUCUUAUUAUACCAAGGAAGUGAUGCUUAUCCUUAUCAGAGAAUUUGCUUCGCCUGAUGAGGAAAUGAAGAAAAUUGUACUCAAGGUGGUGAAACAGUGUUGCGCCACCGAUGGUGUUGAAGCACCGUAUAUUCGCGACGAGAUUCUGCCACAUUUCUUCAAAGCAUUCUGGACGCAGCGUAUGGCGAUGGACAGGAGGAACUACAGACAACUUGUGGAUACCACUGUCGAAAUGGCCCAAAAGGUGGGUAGUGCAGAAAUGAUUGCGAGGAUUGUUGACGACCUCAAGGAUGAAAAUGAGCAAUACAGGAAAAUGGUUAUGGAAACCGUGGAAAAUAUUGUUGCCUUGCAAGGUGCGAACGAAAUUGAUUCUCGCCUCGAAGAGCAGUUGAUUGAUGGUAUUUUAUAUGCUUUCCAAGAACAAACACAGGAAGAUGCUGUUAUGCUUGACGGUUUCGGUACGGUGUGUAAAGGCCUGGGAAGGCGAACAAAACCGUACCUCCCACAAAUUUGUGGUACCAUUUUGUGGCGUCUGAACAACAAAUCGGCGAAAGUACGACAGCAAGCUGCAGAUCUUAUUGCACGAGUUGCUCCCGUUAUGCACAUAUGCGAGGAGGAAAAAUUGAUGGGGCAUUUAGGAGUUGUGCUGUACGAAUAUCUAGGAGAAGAGUACCCUGAGGUACUUGGAUCGAUUCUUGGUGCGCUGAAAUCAAUCUGCAAUGUGAUCGGAAUGACAAAAAUGACCCCUCCUAUCAAGGACCUUUUGCCGAGGUUGACUCCAAUUCUUAAAAAUCGUCACGAGAAGGUACAGGAGAACUGUAUUGAUUUGGUAGGUGCAAUUGCGGAUCGCGGCUCAGAAUUUGUGUCGGCGCGUGAAUGGAUGCGGAUAUGUUUCGAGCUUCUCGAACUGCUCAAAGCUCACAAGAAGAGCAUCCGUAGGGCUGCAAUAAACACGUUCGGAUACAUUGCUAAGGCAAUCGGUCCCCAUGACGUCCUUGCCACACUGUUGAAUAACUUGAAAGUUCAAGAAAGGCAGCUUCGCGUGUGUACUACGGUAGCGAUAGCUAUUGUUGCGGAAACAUGCGCUCCUUUCACCGUACUUCCAGCAAUAAUGAACGAGUAUCGAGUACCAGAAAUGAAUGUACAGAAUGGAGUACUCAAGGCUUUAUCAUUUAUGUUUGAGUAUAUUGGCGAAAUGGCAAAGGAUUACAUUUAUGCAGUAACACCUUUGCUGGUUGACGCCAUGAUGGAGCGAGAUCAAGUGCAUAGGCAGAUUGCUAUUGAUGCAGUAGCGCAUCUUUCCCUUGGUGUCUACGGUUUCGGUUGUGAAGACGCAUUGUUACAUUUGCUGAACUACGUCUGGCCUAACAUGUUGGAGAACUCUCCCCAUCUUAUUCAGCGCUAUAUUUUCGCCUGUGAAGGAAUGCGUGUCUCACUUGGUCCUAUCAAGGUCCUCCAAUAUUGCUUGCAAGCUCUAUGGCACCCAGCUCGCAAAGUGAGAGAGCCAGUCUGGAAGGUAUACAACAAUUUGAUACUCGGCUCACAGGACGCCCUCGUUGCCGGUUAUCCACGUAUUGAAGACACAGAAAAGCACACAUUUGUACGAUACGAGUUGGAUUACACCCUAUAA